AUGGCGACGGUGCAACCACCAUGGAACCCUCCUCCAGUCCCAGCUGGAGAAGCCACAAUCCCCAAACUAAAGCUCUGGAACUCAUUGACUAGGUCCAAGGUUGAUUUCGUGCCUCUGAAAUCGGGAAAAGUUUCGUGGUAUAGCUGCGGUCCAACUGUAUAUGACUUCUCUCACCUGGGCCACGCGCGCAACUAUGUCAGCUUGGAUAUCCUCAGAAGAAUCAUGACACAUCUGGGCUACGAUGUGAACAUGGUCAUGAAUGUGACCGACGUAGAUGACAAGAUCAUUCUUGCUGCCCGUCAACAACACUUGCUGUCCAACUUCAUCAACAAACACGACAACAUUGACACUGACGUCCUCGACACCACAAGUACUGCUUUCAAAGCAUACGUCUCAAAGAACCUGUCUCUUUUGCCUGAGGAUGUCUCACCUUCCGAUUACACACAAGCAGUAGAAAAGGCCUACGGCCAUGUCUUACAAGGCAAGAACUUGGCCAACGAUGGUGCUGCCCCUGGAGACAACGAAGCGAAGGUCAAGAUGCACAUCAAGACAGCUUCCACUGCUGCCGAAGCUCUCGUUGCUCAGGCUAACGCCUCCGACUACUACGCCAAGGCCUCUGGUGUCCUUCUGCCUUACCUCGAUGCUCAAUUUGGUUCCACCAUCGAUGCCAAUGACCACGCUCUGUUCAACAGCCUUGCAAAGAAGUACGAGAACUACUUUUUCGAAGAUAUGACUGCCCUCAACGUUUUGCCCCCUUCCACCAUCACUCGCGUUACCGACUACGUUCCCCAGAUUGCAGAUUUCGUCAAGCAGAUCCAGGACAAUGGCUACGCUUAUGAGCACAAUGGAAGUGUCUAUUUUGAUGUUGAAGCCUGGGAAAAGGCAGGCGGCGUCUAUGCUCGUCUGGAGCCCUGGAACAAGGCCGAUUCUGCGCUUCUUGCCGAGGGUGAAGGCUCGCUAGCAGCCAAGGGUACUUCUUUCAAGAAGUCUCCAGCAGACUUUGCGUUGUGGAAGGCAUCUAAAGCAGGUGAGCCUGCUUGGAACAGUCCCUGGGGUGCUGGACGUCCUGGCUGGCAUAUCGAGUGCAGUGCUAUGGCUUCUGACGUGCUCGGUUCGCGCAUGGAUAUCCAUUCAGGUGGUAUAGAUCUGGCCUUCCCACACCACGAUAACGAACUCGUCCAGUCAGAGGCCUUCCACUGCUCGUGCCCGGCCGAAAAAGACAGCACAUGGGUCAACUACUUCCUUCACAUGGGUCACUUGGGCAUCUCUGGCGCAAAAAUGUCAAAGAGUCUGAAGAACUUCACUACUAUUCGUGAAGCCCUGGCCAAGGGAACAUGGACACCUCGUGGCCUGAGAAUCGUCUUCCUUCUCGGAAACUAUCGCGCUCCUUUGGAAAUUUCAGACUCAAUCGUACAGAUCGCUUCGCAGUGGGAAGACAAAAUUUCGAACUUCAUGCUUAAGGCUCUGGACACAAAGAUCAACCCAACCCAAGGGAUAGUUGACAGCGACACUGGUCUGUCACCCGAUGGCCCUCUGAAAGAAGCACUCCAAUCCGCCAAGAUCUCUGUGGAAGAUGCUCUUUUGGACUCAUUUGAUACGCCGACAGUGAUGAAAGUUCUCUCGGAUCUGGUCACUGCAUUCAACUCCGAGACUGGUGUCAGCGACGAAGUGACGAUUGAAAUUGCCAAGUACAUCACGUCUAUUGUCACAAUGCUGGGUCUUGACGCCAACCCACCUGCUCAUGGAAUCUCGUGGAGCGGCAUCGAGGUCGAUUCUGACGUUGCACCAUUCGUGUACCCUCUUGCAAAGAUCAGAGAUGAGGUACGAAAACAGGCCAUUGCAGGUACCAUAGACGCACCCGCUAUCCUCAGCCACUUUGACGCCGCCGCACUUAAGACACCACCAACUACAAAAGAGGGUGCUGCAGCUGCCGAGGCUACAGUCGGUUGGCUGAGCAAACUCAACGACUUGAUCAAGAGUGAGGCAGCUCCCAAGGCAUACAUGCCCCUUUGCGACGAACUCCGAGACACCACUCUUUGGAACCUGGGCAUCUAUCUCGAGGACCGCGCCAAUGCACCUGCUCUCGUACGUCCCUUGAACGCAUCUCUUCGUGAGGAGCGCGCGAAUCGCGAAGCUUUGGCCGCCAUGAAGCUAGAAAAAGCAAAGGCAGCAAAGGAAGCUAAGGAAAAGGAAGAGCGUGAGAAGUUGGAGAAGGGCAAGUUGUCUCAUUUAGAAAUGUUCCGCACGGCCGAGUUCUCAGAGUGGGAUGAAGAGGGUCUUCCGACGAAAGACAAGGAGGGUAAGGAAGUCGCAAAAAGCAGGAGCAAGAAACUCAAGAAAGACUGGGAGAGACAAAAGAAAUUGCAUGAGGCUUGGAUUGCCGCAACUAAAUAG